CCGGACUGACGGUGAGAGCCCCGCAGAGUCCAGCAGUGAACCUUUAUUUUCCGUCAACAACAGUGGAACGAGCCGGACCCGAGGUUCUGACAGACCGGGUCCAAACCGCUCCGGCUGGAGACUGGACAGAGACAUGGGAUUGAUGAAUGCUAUCGGUCUGCAGCCCCGACACCCCGCCCCCUCUGUGACAUCACAAGGAACCCAGACGCCAAUCAUUCAGCUGCAGAACGCCGAGACGCAAACGGAGAGGGACCUAUCAGAGCCCAGCGUCUCACAGCCUGCUCCCGGUGUUCCUGCUGAGACUCCGUCCACAAGUGGAGCAGCUGCGGGACAACCGGAGGCGUCUCAGACCAGCAGAGCUGUGGACGGCAGCCAGAGGGAAGCUGCAGCUGACACCAACACACCCACAGCUCCUGCUGGUCCUGCUGGUCCUGCUGGUCCUGCUGGUCCUGCUGGUCCUGCUGGUCCUGCUAAUCCUGCUAAUCCUGCUGAUCCUGCUGGUCCUGCUGGAGAGUCUCCGGAGUUCGGCUCGGGCGAAGACGCUCUGGCUCGAAUCCGCCGGCUGAUCGCGGAGGGCGGGAUGACAGCCGUGGUCCAGCGGGAGCAGAGCACCACCAUGGCGCCCAUGGGCGGUUUUGGGAACAACAUCAUCGUCAGCCAUCGCAUCCACCGGGGCUCCCAGACCGGCACGGGGGCCUCCAGGCCUGCAGUGGACCCCACUGGGGCCCCCUCCACAUCAGGGCCCCUCCUCAUCGCCCAGCCGCAGACCUACGCCUCGCCCCAGGCUUCCAGCCCGUCUGAACAGCUGGCCCCCAUGUGGGGCCCACAGGUGCUGUCGGGCCCCUCGCCUUCGGGCCUCUCUCUGGCCGUGGACAUGGACGACGUGUUUGACGGGGGACGAACGGACGACGACUCCCUGCCUGGUCCCUCCUCUUCCUCACUGCUGUUGUCUUCCCCCUCUUCCUCCUCCUCCUCCUCUUCUCAGAGCCCCCUCCCCGGCGGCAGCGGCGGCCCCAACAGUUACCCCGGCGACCCGUACAGCAGGUAGUUCUCCUAUUGGCUGGGACGAGCAGAGCGCUGGCUGACGGGACCAGCGGAGGGCGCUCCUCAAAGCCUUAUCUCACUGGGUGCUGCUUUGACUCUGCACAGGGUCUCUCGCCUAAAAAUGAAGGGACACAAGGACCCCCCCACCCCCA